GGCUGCCCAGGGUUACCAGAUUUUAAAUAAUCUUAAUCCAGUUUUGGUGUGUGGGCUGGAGGUGAAGACCGUUGACAUGUCCAGGCUGCCUCAGGUUCCAUCUUCAGCCGCCAAGCGGGGCGGGUCGCCAGGUCUCCUAGCCCGUGGCUAAGAGCCCGGUUUCCUCAAAAGCAUCGUCAUCUGUUGGGUCGAGAAGGAGCGGUUGUCUGGGCGACUCCAGGGAGGGCCGGUGGUCAAGGCUGCUGAGCACGUUUCGCGUUGUCCUGAACAGUGGCUCUGAAGUGAGUGAAAUAGGGUAAAUACCCCUGACUCAGGAAAAGGCAGAGGCAAGGAAUUGAUUUCAAGGUUAGUUUGUUUUCAGUUUUUGGACAAGCAGCCUCACGCGUAACUGCCCACCUUCUGGAGCUGUGUGCACUAAUUGUGGUUUAUUCAAGUUAUUUCGAGAUAUUUGAAUGGCUAAGAUGUCUGACAAUAAUGUUACCAACCAUAAGCUAAAUGUGGAAGCCAUAAUUAAAAAUAUUAACACAAUUUCUUUGGAGUUGAAGAAAAUGAAAGAGCUCUCCCAGUUACUGCUUUGUGACCUUACCCUAUGUUUUAGUCAUCCUGUGAAGACGGAUGAUUUAAAGGAAACAGAAAGAAACAACCCCCUCUUUGAAGAGUCUAAAAUGUCAGAUGUAUCUCUUGCUUCUAACAGUUUUUUAAUCUGAUAUUUUAUUUAUUUGUUGUGAAUUUAUAACUUUUUAUUGUUGAAUUAACACAUACCUAGGAGAAUUGAGUUUACUAAUAUAUUUAAUAUAAUAAAAAACAAAAUAAAAAUAUGUUGAGUUGUAAAGAAUCAUUUCAUGCUCUUGAAGACUGUUAUUUUCUUGUUUUAAUGUUUCAAGGAAUGGCUAAUUUAUUUCAUUAAUGGCAAGAGUAUGACAUAG